AUGGUAGCUCCAAAAUGUGUUUUCAUUUCUUUUAUGCUUUUGCUAAGCUUAGCAAUAUGUUCUGCUCAGCCUGUUGGCGUUCAUACAAUUAAGGCUAAGGAAGCUCAUCAUCACAACCACAAAGAUCACACUUUGAAUAAUAUCGAAGUCGAAGGCUUUGGAGGAGGUGCUGGUGGCGGUUUUGGCAUUGGUGGUGGUGGAGGAGGUGGUGGGGGUGGAGGGGGCGGUGGUGGUGGCGGAUUUGGCAUUGGCAUUGGUGGUGGCGGAGCUGGUCAUGGUUCUACUGCCCCUAGCUCCGGUUGCAACCAACCUGGUUGUGGUGUCCCUGGCUAUGGUUCCCCUAUCUAUAUACCUGGUUUUGGUGUCCCAGUCUAUUCCCCUGGUUGUGGUUAUGUGUGUCCUGCCAACAAUCCUAGUGGAGAAAUCACUGAAUUCAAAAUCUCAGGAUUAUCACGUUUCACCGGACCAUAUCGAUGCACCCCAGGGCCAAAUAUGUAUGUCUAUAACGACUUUAAUCAUGAACUUCUUCUACACUUUGUUUCCACAAUCCGAGGAAAACAUGAGAACAAACACAAACAUCUAAACUAUGGAGGAGUUAGACGUUUUGGAAUGGGUCGCGGUAGUGGCAGCAGCGGAGCGGGUGGUUCUGAUGCCUCGGAAUAUGAUAUCGAGGACCCUGGUUGCAAUAUUGAUGGCUGUGAUGACCCUGGAUAUGGAUCUAACCCUGAUUUUGGCUGUCCCCCUGGAUGUGGUUAUGUGUGUCCUGGCAACAAUCCUAGUGGAAGAAUCACUGAAUUCCAUAUCUCAGGAUUAUCAUCACAAAAAAUUACUGGACCUUACAGAUGUAGGCCAGAUAUGUGUGACAGUGAAGAUUGUAGUGAACUACUUCUACACUUUGUUUCUCCAAUGCAUGAUAACCAUGAGAACCAACAUGAUCAUCCAGUAGAGAGGAGUGAAGAGGAGGAAGAUGGUCAUCGAUCAAAGAAGCAUAAAGAAGAAGAAGACAUCAUAAACUAG